CCGAAAAAUGUCGACUCUCAGUGAAAUAUACGUUGACGAGUGUUAAUAAUGAUUGAAAAUUGUGUUUAUUGGUUAAGUUGUGAUUAAUCGGUAGGUCGAUGAGCCAAUAAGACCGAGGGGUGGAUUAUCGCGUUGUACGUUGUCAAGCUUUGGAGUGUUCGCAAAUAUAGUGCGGUUAUAAACGGCCAAGACGGGCCUUAUGUCAAGACAGUACGGUGUCGGGAAGGCCCGGGACGACGACGUGCCAACAUGAAGAAGCUUUUUUCGAAAAUCGAAAACACUUCGAAGGAGCCGAAUAGUUAUAUCGGCAAGGUAUUUGUCGUUGGUCGACAUACAGUCACCGUAGAAGAGGUUCUUGCCGAAGGAGGAUUCGCUAUAGUAUUUCUGGUCAAAUCUUCGGUCGGUCGAUAUGCCCUCAAACGUAUGUAUGUCAACAACGAACAUGAUCUCAAUGUCUGUAAAAGGGAAAUACAAAUUGCAAGCAACUUGAACGGGCAUAAAAAUAUAAUAGGAUAUGUCGACAGUAGUAUUACUCACACAGGAGGCGGAGUUCACGAACUCCUUCUUCUCAUGCCCUAUUGCAAAUCUCAAGUUCUACAGAUGAUGAAUAAUAGGUUACAAACGGGCUUCAGUGAAUCCGAAGUGCUUCAAAUAUUUUGCGAUGUGUGCGAGGCUGUGUCACGUUUGCAUCAUUGUCAAACUCCCAUUGUUCACAGGGAUCUUAAGGUGGAAAAUAUUUUACUGGCUGAUUCAGGACAUUACGUCUUAUGUGAUUUCGGUUCGGCUACUGGCAAGGUACUGAAUCCAUCGGUUCAAGGGGCAUCCGUUGUUGAGGAAGAAAUUAAAAAAUAUACGACUCUCAGCUACAGAGCACCAGAAAUGGUUGACAUGUAUUGCGGCAAGCCUAUAACGACCAAGGCAGAUAUAUGGGCGCUGGGUUGUUUACUGUACAAGUUGUGCUUUUUCACACUACCUUUUGGGGAGAGUACGCUUGCGAUACAAUCUGGUAAUUUCGCCAUUCCGGAUAAUUCGAGGUACAGCAAAUCACUUCACAACUUGAUUCGAUACAUGCUCGAGCCAGAUCCAGAAUUAAGACCGGAUAUCUACCAAGUAUCGACUAUAGCUUUUUUAAUUCAAGGAAACGAAUGUCCUGUGCAGAAUUUAUAUAAAGUUCCAACGCCGACAAUGGAGAGUUUGCCGAAUGCCCCAAUGGAAUCCGAAAGCGUAAAAAGAUCUUCUUCAGUGAAAAUAGCGAAACCAACGCAGGUCGCAGUUGUUGAAGGAACUUCUGUAACUCCGAGACAACGACCGAAGGGUCAGGGUGUUGGAACCGGCCCAAUAAGUUUGAGCGGACAAAUAGUUUCUCAGAUAUCUGGCCAAGGAAAUACAAGCAAUUCAUACGUUCCAGUCAAUUCGCCCGCCACAGCUUCGCAACCUUACAUCGUUCCAAAUAUACAAAAUGUCUCAACAAUUCCCGUAAAUCCGCAACCACCCUUACAACUGUCAAUGCAAUCCUCUUUUGCCCCAGUUCAACCUCAUAUGCCUUCGCCCAAUCAACCAGCCAAUUAUCCACCCGCCCAACCUGGAAACUCUCCUUUUGGACAGUCUCAAAGUCCUCUCGUAAGUCAAUCACCCCUCACACAACAAUCACCUGUCACGGUCCAGGAAAAAGGAGCCUAUUAUUUCGAAUCCAGACAACACGAGCCAAGACCGACUCCCACUGUUCCCGGCAGCGACGAUAAUCUCGAAGCACUUUUUCCACCUUCGGGCUAUCCAGAUCCGUUCAAAGAAGAUGCUCGUGCGAUGCCUCCCCCGGCAAAAAUACCACCUCCGGUCGCACCCAAACCAGGUACAACCAAAGUUUUACAAAACAUAGUUACUCCGACAAACAGUGGACCAGCCUUGAAAUUCGCACCACCUCAAUUACCUCCGAAAAUGAGUACACCCACUGCGCCCAACAAACUGACGCCUACGCUGCCCCCACCGGUAUUUCCUAAACCCGUCAGCAAACCCGAGAGUGUUAGCCAAAAUAUAAGCGCUAAUACUUCACCACCUGACAGCCCAACGACAACAACGCCCUCAAGACACAGGAGAAACGUCAGUGAUACGAGCGCGUUCAACAAAGUAUUCGCGAAUGAAACAUCGCAGUUUUUAGCCCCUUACGAUGCAUCAGUCAAGUCACGUUUGGGCGAUAGCUCUCCUCCGGAGGUUCCGGUUGAUAUCAGGCCUGGUAUCGGUGCCAGCGCCUCACACGUACGUAUUGGCGAGCUUUCUAGCGUAUCGGGAACAGAAAGCAGAUCUUUGAGCGUGGAUGUUGCGACUUGGAAUCCUUUCGAGGAUGCUCAACCUUUCAACCAGCUAACGGAGGAUCACAUAUUCGGAGCGGAAUUCGAUAAAAUUCGAAGGGGUAGCAAUAGCAGUAUCAGCGGCGUCAAAAGUCGCGAAAGUUUGGUAAUGACUUACACGGAAUUGCCAGAGGAUCCAUUUGAAAGUGCUCCGUUCAGUUUGCCCGGGAAAAAAAAUAAACUGGGAUCGAAGACAGCCGCAAUCGCUGGAGGUAAACUGUUGGAGAUUCGCGGUAAAUUGUCAAUCGGAGACGGAUGGAUCGAGGAGGCGGAGGCUUCGGGUGCAUGCGAAGAAGCUUCGCUGCUGACGGAGUCGAGUCCCGUGUCACCCCCGUUCGUGCGGGCGCCGCUUGAGGACCGUUCGAAGUACGAGAAGCUGGCGUUCAACGCGGACGACUUGUCGAGCGACAGCGACAAGGAAAUGGCCCAACGUAACGAGGACCGAAUGAAGAAGAAGCGAAAGAGAGCGAAGGGCGUGUUGAGCAGGCGGAAGCGGGAGAACAGCGCGCAGGACCCGAGCAAUCCACCGGUCGGUUACGAGUCGGAGGACUCGAUAGGGUCCGCGAGCGAUUUGAAAGCGAUGAACGACGAGGAGUGCACCGCGGAGCAGGAGGAGGAAGACGGCCGCGAGAAGAUCGACGAGACGAUAUCGGAGAGCGUGAGAACGUGCGGGAGUUCGGCGUACCACGCGGAGUGUGAGUCGGUAGCAACCCACGAGGAGGAUCACAGGAUACGAAAGCCGAGGAAGCACCACCGGGAGCGAGGGCACCUGCCGACGAUCGACGCGGACCCGGUCGUCGGUCACCAGUACGGUGAAAAACCGCUUCUCCUCGACGACGAGCUCGACACCGAAGCGAAACCGGAACAAUCGCACGGCGAUCCUUUCGUCGGGCACCAAUACGCGGUGAAACCGUUCAUCUUCGACGGCGACAGCUCGUCGGAAGAGAACGACGGAAAAUCGACGAUUAUGAAAAACGGUUUUUUCAAACCGGAAGAGGAUGUUUUCGCGCUUGCUCCCUUCCUCCGAGCCACCGGUUCCCGCAAGAGCAGCGAGAGUCGAGACAGCAUCCCGCGGGCCGGCGGACCCGGGAAUAUCGGUUGCUCGUCGCCCAGCGCGAGCCUCGUCACGCCCCUGUCGAGCUCGCCCGUCGUCUCCGGCAAUUUGGUCGACAUAACCGAGAGCCCGGUCUUCGAUCCGCCAACCGUGACCGCGGCACCGACUGCUCUCGCUCUUACCAACGAAAAUACUCGGAAUAAUUACGAGAACAUAAGCUACGUGGCAACGAGUCAAGCCGGCUCUUCGAGUCGGACUCCAAUUGUCGGGAAAACGGCGAAAACGGUGAACGAGCAGAAAGAUCUCUUCGGAUCGUCGCCCUUCAGCUCCACGGGAUUCAUCGAUCCUCCCAUCAACCCCUUCAAUCGGUUGAACAAUUUUCCCAGCCUCGAGGCAAAGCCACCGCCCGUUUCGAGCGUUCCAUCGACCUCUUACGACACCGAAUACGUCAAGAUCCCUCCUCAAGUUUAUCGCCCAUCGAACGACCCCCUUUCUCCUGGUGCAACAGUCUCCAACUCGAAAUUUUCGAGCGUCAACGUCGACUCCGUCACGGAUCUCCAGUCCCCCAAAGACCUCUUCGGCUCGAUUCCCUUCGAGGAAUUCGCCACUCUCGCCAUCAACAAUCAACAACGCCCAACUUCUUUGCCGCUCUCGCAAUCGCCCUCUUUCGUCGAGGGUGCACUCAACACGAUCCUAUCGAGCAGCGCUCAGUCCUCCCAUGCCGCGCAACUCCCGCCCACCGUACAGUCGAUCUACGCCCUCCAAGCGAAUCAGCACACCGCUCGGAUAACCGUUCAAGCGACCAACAGCGUGUCGGUUGGUGAGCCAUUGCCAGACGUGCUUUCUCCGAUGUCACCGGAGCCGCUGGUCGCGACCGACGACUCGCCCAAACACAAAAGGGACAAAUCCAAAUCCGACAAAUCCAAGUACCAUCUCAUAAACGAGAAUCAAUGUGACAGCAUUUCGAAUGUCAAAACUCCACACAAAUCGAAAAGCGUACCUUACAAAAAAACGCCGAAGGGCAAGAAAACCGCGGCCGCGACAGCUGGCUUCAGCAACAUGAGCUUCGAAGAUUUUCCGAGCGACGACAACGAGGAAGGCUCCAACGCCAGUCGCGUCGCACCGUUCGAGGUCAUACGAGAGCCCGAAAAGCGUUUCGGCUCUUUGAAAAGAAGGAGCAACCCGUUCACCUGAAACCCUGAGAGCGGACGAAGCAGCAGCUAAUACGAGGCUCUUUCGAUAAGUCAAAUCCCUCGAUGAGAUUCUCCAACUGGCCGCGUCAUCCUCUCUCUCUUUCCAUAUAUUCGCGUCGGUGCUUCGCUUCGUACAUCGACUUCCAAUCAAAUUCAAGAGCCACUCGUUCGAACAAUCUUGUAUUAUUACGUAUUUGACGAAACGACUAUUUUGACGAGCAGAGUUGUCGCUCUGUUCCGGACGGCGCAAGCCCGCGUGAUAUAGUGUCGGCAAAAGCAUUUGCCGCGGUUUCCAUUCAUCGAGAAGCUUCCCUCCCGAGUGCUCGUUCUUAAAAUCACCAUUUUCAUUUUCCGCUCGACGCAGAGCUUCGUAGAAAUUAAUGGAGCGAGUUGGCCAUUUCCUCAGUUGUGCUUUCACAUUCCCACUAUUUUUCCCCCCCUUUUUUGCCUGUACUUUCCUCGUCUAUUGCUAUCGAUGAAGAAAUAAGCGGAGCAAUCGCACGUCCCUGCGAGUCUCGCGAAGGCACACGAUCCAUUUCCGGAUCAUACCAAUGUUCUUCACAAAAUUUCAUUGAAAAACCUUCGAUUCGGUUUUUCAUCGUUUUAUAAAAACUCCGUUAUGAUUUACGAACGGGCGAGAUGUUUGCGAUAAAAUAGUAGUACGUAAUAAGACGAGGAAAUAAGAUGAGCAAUUUACACCAGGUUUUUUUCAACUUGGCAGCUUAAUACCAAAAAAGACAAAAGUAAGGAGGCGUUUGAAAACGUAUGGAGGAGAGAAAGGGGAGGAUGAGACGAGAAACAGUGAAGAGAAAAGCACACGCAUCUAUUUUUGCAGCUACGCGUUUUCAUCGAGUUUAUAUACAAUAGUAGAUUCGUUGAACUUCUAUUAGUCGUAAAUGUACAAUAGUUAGGCGGUUAUAUAUAGAGCUGGACGUAUAAUAAAAUUGACGAGUGUGCGGAUGUGAUCGACGUUACCGAAGGACACAUACGAGAUAGUUGAACGCUUUUUUAAGGUACUUUAACCGAACAUUCGCGAUCGCAUUUAUUGCUCGAAUGGAGAAAAAUGAUGAGAAAAAACGAAGAGACGCGUCGAUGCGCCGUGGACGAUGAGACAAAAGGCUCGAAGCGAGGACUCGAACAGAGGCGCAGUUGACGAGUACAGAGAACCCUUACGAAACGAUCAUUUGCUAUUUCUCUUUACAAAUGCCUUUUCACACACAAGACUGAUCUUGUAAAAAAACAGUCCAUGGAGUAUGCCUAACCGGUGUUACGUGGUUUCGAUAAAAUAUUAUAUGUAAAAAGGGGGAAAGAAAAAAACGAGAAUUCAUGUGUAAAUAAAUAAGAUGAUUUGGACACUCUCAGAUCUCAUGAGCAGCGAAAUAAUCGUGUAGUUAGUAUUGAGACUGGCGAAAAUGUGCGAGAAGAACAUUUCGACGUUGUUAUUCGUGAGGCAGCAGUCAAGAGCAGUAGCAGCAGAGCAACAGAGCAAGUUGAAAUCAAAUUAAACGAUUAAUCAUUGAGUAUAAACGAGGCCUUAGGGAUUAGAUGGAAGGAUAUUUGGCCCGCGUUACGAGCAAUUGUGCAGCUCGACGUCGUGAAAAGUAGGAUCUCUUGAAAACUAAAAAAUACUUCAUUCAAUCUCAAUGAGAAUGAUUUGACAUUGAACUGCGCCUCUGAGAUACGAAUGUCUCGAGAAACAAGUGAAAAUCGUUAGUUUACAUUUAAGACAAUAUUGCAAGAGUCCAAAAGUAAAUGGGGAUUUUUGUGUGCGCGCAUGAUGAGAAAUCCAGAGCAGCCACGAUUAUACAAAAUCUAGUUUAUAUUCGUAUAUUUAUAGGUGCCUUUACCUUUAUUAAUUAUACAACAGCGCUCGAAUACUUGUAGUCUGGAUGUUGUUUGUCAUUCCGAGAAUACGUGAAUUGCGAAAUGCGCGAUUGUUCGUUAAGACGUCCGAUCGAAAGGAAUUCAUUGAAUUUCCGUACCUUUGAUGUAGAGUACGAUGCAAAACUUCCCUUUUUCUCGGACCGGAGUCGUUCCUUGUCAGUCGUAUAUACGCGAGUACGUGGCUAUAUGUAAAUGUGUGCGGGUGUGCAUGUGUGUAUUUAUAAAUGCGUAUAUCGAGGUAUAUAUUUGUUUGAUAGAAAAUUCGACGAGGAAAAGAAUGUAUUGAUUCGUGCAGAAUUCGGCGUGGCGUGUACAAAAAUGUAUCUCGUGCGAGCUCGAUUCGUCAUUGUAAUUUUUCUAGCUGCGACUCUUUUCUCUACAAAGCCCGCGAAUUUCAGAUGAAAACUGUCAAUUUAUACAACCAAAAAAAGAAAAGAAUGGUGCAGCUUAUUGCAUCACGUCGCUCGUCGUGUAAAGUCCUUCGUACAUUCCUUCGUGAAAAUGAUAAAAUAUUUAUUGCCUCUCGUUGUCAGCGUGCUAAAUUUCGCGUCGGUUUUCAUCCAGCCCCUCUCGCCUCUUUCAAGUAUAUUUCUAUGAUUCUUUCUAAUUCGUCGUUUUCUUCACACUGCCUCGAACCAGACAUAACACAGUAUUUCCAAAAAAAAAAAAAAAAUAACAAUUCCGUACUACAGAAGAAGUAUUUUUUUCUCUUUUCAUUUUUUAUUUUUUUCGCAGACCCCCCCCCCAUCCACGAAUUCGGAUACAAAAACAGUAGUGACAUUUCCCCUCGUCGCACCGUCCUUUUGCCGCCUUGACGGAAUAUUGCCCGCAACCAUUUUACCUUUUCUUUUUUCAACCAAAUUUUCCACCUCCUUAUUUGCCAGCUGCGAGCAUUUCCACUAUUAUUUACCUCGUUUACUCCGAGUACUUUCCUUCUGUAUUCAAAUAUUUGUAGAUAAGACAUGAUUGCAUUUUUUGGUAACGAAAAAAAAAAAGAAGGAAAAUAAUGGAAUAUCCGAAAGAAAGGAAACAAGUGACACAAGUAUUUUCGGUAAUUGAAGCCGUCUGCGUAUCAUUAUUUUUUCAUAGGCUUUCGAGAGACAAACGUCGUCUCGAAUUUUUCGGUAAACCCUCCUCUAUUUAUAAUAUAUGUAUACAAGAUUUAAAAAAAAAAAACAAAAACAAAAGAAAACGAAAAAAAAAAAACACAAAAAUGAUAGUUGUUACAUUGUAUUUUGUUGUUGAACAGUCUAUUCGUAAACGAAUGGGAUUUGCGAUCGUAAUUAUUCUUGGAGAUUUAUAACAAUUAUACAUAUUAUACAUAGCACGGUAUUAAUUACGAGAAGAAUAAAAAAUGAGGAUAAAAGAAUAAGAAGAAGAAAAGAUGAGAUGAGAAAGACAAAGCAGAACAGAGAGAAAUUAAUAUAUUCGUAUAAAAUAAAAUAAUUAUUGUGAAACUUAAGUAAAAUAACAAAAUACAAAAAAAUGAAGCGCUCUCCCCUCGGAGAGUCUAUUUCUGUGAAUUAUUUUUUCUAACGAACUUCGCUCAUGUAUGUUAAGUUGCAACGUGCUUUGUUCAUUAACGAACGAGGAUGUUAACGAAGUGUACUUUAUCGUUAAAUUGUAAAAAAACGAAAAGAAAUGAAAGGGAGAAAGAAAGAGAGCAGCGAAGUGCGCUGAAAUAAAAUCGUAUUGUACUGUGAUUCAAUUAGAAA